UGCAUGUUUUUGGAAAAUGCGGCUUCAGCAGUGGGUGGUCCAACUCGCUCUCCAAAACAGCAUGGUGCCACGGACGGUGUUAGUUACUGCAGCCUGUCCCUUUGUGACUGCGCCCAGAUGCGGAGACAUGGCGCCUGUGCAAAGAGUUGGUCAGACCGGGCGCUGCCUUUUGCCCAUGCUGCCAAGUGCACUUGAUGCCCUUGCGUCCAAUGAAACAUCGUUGGCGCCACUCGCAGCCCUAAGCAUCCAGCAUGGAAAAUGCUAUGUCUAUGUGUUUGUCUAUAUGUAAGUUAGACUUUCAACUGCACGCACCCAUGACACUAUGUGAAUCAUGAGGCGACAGACGAACCUGCAACCUGCAGGACACUGUGAUGCAGGGGAAGUCGCAAGAACUCUCAGAUCUUUGCUUACACUGUCCCCGUUCUUCUGGAAGGUUUCCCCGAUGGACGGCUUCUUUGCGAUGGCGUAUCUACUUGUGAAGAUCUUGGAGAUCCCUUCUUCCGCCUGCCAGUGGAAUUCAGGAACUCUUCGGACUACUUGGAUUGCCGGACGGGAGCGUGCAGAAGGUCAAUGAUUUCAGGAGCUGGAGCCAUUUGUUGCAGUUUGGGCUCAUGCCCUGACGCGACCUUAUCGUUGCGCGCCGGAGACUGCCAAAAUGACAUUUGCUGUGGACUCAACAGUUGCUGGAACGCGAAUUUCUCUUCCAAUGGUCCUAUUCGUAGUCUCAGCUGUGAAGGGGAUGCUUGUAGGAGAGCAACAGCAUCCUCUCUGAUGGGGGAUCUUUUUUGCAAUACGACAACAGGGCCUGUGUGUCAAGAUUUCGAAGGUGAGUUCCGGGACAUUGUCCCCGCGCAACAUUCUAUCACCUGCACAGGCAGGGAUGCUUGCAACAGGGCUUCCUUUACCUUUUCUGGAGCUGGAGCAAACGUUUCCAUCAAGUGCGACAGCGAAGAUUCUAGCCGUUUUGGUGGUGCUUGUGCUGACACUGUAGUGGAUGUAGUUGCGAGCAAUGUAUGUUUGGAAGUGAUUUGCAGCGACAAGUUGCCGGAUACGUGCGAGGGCAUGAAGAUCAACAUCCACGACCCAACCAGCAAGUGCUUCUACCAAGGUCCAGCUGUAUUUAAUCCAAUUCGACACUUUGCAGUACCAGCCCUUCCACCUGCUCAGUCACGCCGAAGGACAUUUGUUGCUUUGGGGCUGAUGGUGAUGGCUUGAGUGUCGAUUGCUCCACUUGCUGCACCACCGCUACCACAACAGUGGCGCCGAUCACCACUACACUAUGAAGAGCGGCGAGGGCAACGUAGUUUGGUGUAGUUUGUAGGACGGGCGUGUUGAACACGUUUGAAAAGGGCGCGGCUGUGAGUGAUUCGUUUGUCCCGUUCUGGCUGUCGGUUGAUGUUGCUUUAAAGUGUGACUUUGGGGGCAACCGCGGUGUUUCACUUCGAUCAACUCCAGUGGCCAAAUGCGCCAAGGGAUUCACUCGGGUGGCUUGAAGCUGACACCAUGGUGUACAAAUCAAUCCCACGGUGCGAUGGGCGUGGGACCCGAAUUUAGUGCCAUCAUUUUGGCGGAUCCACCUGCAC